UCCCGAAAUCACGCAUAGCAAAGCUACUGCAUUCUUCUUGGCAAUUCAUUAAAAACAUGAGAGCAAAACGUGGCACUAUGAAACCAGAAAAUGGAACCUUAUCUGAGGACAAUAAUCCUGAUUCUGAAAAUAGAGAUAUGGCUGAAACUCUUUCCAAACCACAAGUCAGAGUUUAUGGCGAUCCUAUUCCUGUUUUACCAUCAUCUAAAUCUCUUCUGAAACCUUCUCUCAAGACGUUAGGUGUCCUUGGUCUUGCAAAGGUGAAGCAGAUCAUGGAGGAGGCAGUCACACGGAAGUUCGUCCACGAGGACAGCAGCCACAUCAUCUCCUUCUGUGCGGCUGUAGAGGCCUGCGUCCUGCAUGGGCUGCGGCAGCGGGCAGCUGGCUUUCUGCGCAGCAACAAGAUUGCAGCUCUCUUCAUGAAAGUGGGCAAGAACUUCCCACCGGCCGAAGAGCUGAGCCGCAAGGUGCAGGACCUGGAACAGCUGAUGGAGAGCGGGCGAAACCAGAUUCAGGGCCUCCAGGAGAAUGUGCGGAAGCUGCCGAAGCUGCCCAGCCUGUCCCCACUUGCCAUCAAGCACCUGUGGAUCCGCACUGCUUUGUUUGAGAAGGUCCUGGACAAAAUUGUGCAUUACCUGGUGGAAAACAGCAGUAAAUACUAUGAGAAGGAAGCCCUCCUGAUGGACCCGGUGGAUGGCCCCAUCCUUGCGUCUUUGUUGGUGGGGCCCUGUGCCCUGGAGUACACCAAGAUGAAGACUGCCGAUCACUUCUGGACUGACCCCUCGGCCGACGAGCUUGUCCAGAGGCACCGCAUCCACAGCUCGCACCUGCGGCAGGACUCACCCACCAAGCGUCCAGCCCUCUGUAUCCAGAAGAGACAUUCAAGUGGCAGCAUGGACGACCGACCAUCCCUUUCUGCCCGUGACUAUGUUGAGUCCCUGCACCAGAACUCCCGGGCCACGCUCCUCUAUGGCAAGAACAAAGUCUGGUUCAGCCGCUCCCAGCAACUAUUUGAUGCAAGUAGUGUCAUCCAAGAUGAUAACGCUGAGAUGUGCACAGGGGGGAGUAAGUGGCAGAGUCAUACUUUGAAUUCAGGCUGCCUGAUGUGGGAGUUGAAUCAUUUAUCAAUCACCUCUAGGCCUGGCUGGUGCAAGCCCCAGAGAUGGGUGAGGGAUGAUAUGGAGGCCGUGCCAGGGUACCUGUCUCUACACCAGACAGCUGACGUCAUGACCUUGAAAUGGACGCCUAACCAGCUGAUGAACGGGUCGAUGGGGGACCUGGACUAUGAGAAGAGCGUCUACUGGGACUAUGCUAUGACCAUCCGCCUGGAGGAGAUUGUAUACCUGUACUGCCACCAGCAAGUGGACAGCGGUGGGACAGUGAUGUUGGUCAGCCAGGAUGGGAUCCAGAGGCCGCCAUUCUGCUUCCCCAAGGGGGGGCACCUCCUGCAGUUCCUCUCGUGCCUGGAAAAUGGGCUGCUCCCUCACGGGCAGCUGGACCCUCCACUCUGGUCUCAGCGGGGGAAGGGCAAAGUAUUUCCCAAACUGCGCAAGUGAAGCCCUCAGGGUUCUGCCAAGUCCACAUCUUCGGACAAGGAAGAUGACGAGGCCACAGAUUACGUGUUCAGGAUCAUCUAUCCCGGCAUGCAGUCUGAAUUCAUUGCUCCCGACCGCUUGGGCAGCACUCCCCCAGUCUCCGUGAGCCUUGCCUGGACGGUGGUUCCUGCCAGCCGGUCGGUGCUAGUGGUGGCCAGGGGCAGUCAGUGGGCGCGAGCCAGAUGGGACGCCACCUUCCCCAUGCCAGGUCCGAAGCAGCAGCCCCCCACCCCCCAGGACCUGAUGGAUGUCUCCGUGAGCAACCUACCACCGUUAUGGCAACCCAGCCCCCAGAAAUCCUCCUGCUCAUCCUGUUCACAGAGUGGCUCCGCCGAUGGUGGCUCAACCAAUGGCUGCAACCAUGAGAGGGCUCCCCUGAAGCUCCUCUGUGACAAUAUGAAGUACCAGAUCCUUUCCAGAGCCUUCUAUGGAUGGCUUGCCUACUGCAGACACCUGUCCACUGUGAGGACCCACCUGUCAGCCCUGGUCAAUCACAUGAUCGUGUCUCCAGACUUGCCCUGUGAUGCCGGACAUGGGCUGACGGCCAGGAUCUGGGAGCAGUACCUUCAGGACAGCACAAGUUACGAGGAACAGGAGCUUCUACGCCUCAUCUACUAUGGAGGCAUCCAGCCGGAGAUCCGCAAGGCCGUGUGGCCCUUCCUCCUGGGCCACUACCAGUUCGGGAUGACAGAAACAGAAAGGAAGGAGGUGGACGAGCAGAUUCACGCGUGCUACGCACAGACCAUGGCUGAAUGGCUGGGCUGUGAGGCCAUCGUGAAGCAGAGGGAGCGGGAAUCCCACGCGGCUGCCUUGGCUAAAUGCUCAUCAGGGGCCAGCCUGGACAGCCACCUGCACCGGAUGAUGCACCGGGACUCCACCAUCAGCAAUGAGUCCUCCCAGAGCUGCAGUUCAGGCCGCCAGCACGUCCGCCUGCAGAGUGACUCCAGCAGCAGCACACAGAUAGGGGUCAAGGCAGCAAGCCCGGCAUAUGCCAGAACUGGACUCCUGUCCGCUUUCUCCGUCUUCCUGUCCAGUGUCCCGCGGGGGCGGUGGGUGCAUCUCCAGCUAGUUCCAACCGUCGUGCACAGUGAGGAGAACUCGUCUUUGCAGCUUAGAGAAUUUGACAGCAGGAGGGGGCCGGAGCUCCUGGACCUGUACACCGUCAACCUGCACCGCAUCGAGAAGGACGUGCAGCGCUGUGACCGCAACUACUGGUACUUCACGCCCGCCAACCUGGAAAAGCUGCGGAACGUCAUGUGCAGCUACAUCUGGCAGCACAUUGAGAUCGGCUAUGUCCAGGGCAUGUGUGACCUCCUGGCUCCACUGCUGGUCAUCCUGGAUGACGAGGCCCUGGCCUUCAGCUGCUUCACGGAGCUCAUGAAGAGGAUGAACCAGAACUUUCCCCAUGGGGGCGCCAUGGACACGCACUUUGCCAACAUGAGGUCGCUGAUCCAGAUUCUGGACUCCGAGCUCUUUGAGUUGAUGCAUCAGAACGGGGACUACACUCACUUCUACUUCUGCUACCGCUGGUUCCUGCUGGAUUUCAAGUGAGAACUUGUCUACGAUGACGUCUUCUCUGUCUGGGAGACCAUCUGGGCAGCCAAGCACGUCUCGUCCGCCCACUACAUCCUGUUCAUCGCGCUGGCUCUGGUGGAGGUCUACCGUGACAUCAUCUUGGAGAACAAUAUGGAUUUCACAGAUAUCAUCAAAUUCUUUAACAAAAUGGCUGAGCGGCACAACACCAAACACGUCCUGAAGCUGGCCCGGGACCUCGUGUACAAGGUGCAGACUCUGAUUGAGAACAAGUGAGGGCCACCUCACCCCAGCCCUGUCAGCCGUGCCGCCACCCACCUGUUCAGCCCGCUUUUCCUCCCGGCUGCCCCGGGAGCGAGGUCCUGGUGUCUGUUCAUGAGCAUGGACUUCUGUGCAGAGAGAAACUGCCCCAACUUUGGCCGCCAGGCAGGUGGGGUCGAGGGUUUGCCCCUUGAGUUCAGCCUUACGUUUUUCUGUUUGACCAAAGAUUGUCCAAGUCUGGGAUUUCUCCCUUGUGGGAGUUGGGGUACGUCAGUGGAUGGAGGGAACAGUUUCGUUUGUGGUCUCCAGAAUGGUUGCCUCUCUCUUAUGCUGUCCCAACCCCUCCAAACUGUUCCGUCAGGGGAGACUUGGAGAAGGAGUUUUUCUUGGGGAACUAGUGUAGGAGAGGUCUGUGGGGCUACCUCUAUACUCUGAAAGGGGCCUCUGGAGAUGUCCCAGAACAUGGCCGGCAGGCAGGCUUGGAGCAGAGUUUCUGCACCUCCCUCGGCGCUGUUGACAGGGUGCUGGGUGAAUCGUCUUCUGAGAGGGGUCAUCCUGUGCAUUGUUGGAAGGUAAGCGGCAUCGCUGGCCUCUGCCUGCAAGAUGCCAGUAGCACCCCCUCCCCAACCCAGCUGUGACAACCCGAAGGGUUUGCAGAUUUUGCCACACGUCCCCACUUGAGAACCAGUGGCAUAGAGGAGGGGCUGCAAGUGUAUCUCCUUCCCCCUCUUUUGUUUAACCACCUGCUCCUGAGGCUUUCUCCCACUUAGAAAAGGCACACGGGAGUCCACAUCUCUCUCGGGACCUGGAUUCUGUUUGUUGUGGUCUCUCAUUUUUUUUCUCCUCCACCUGACCCCAGGAGAGACUUCUUUCCUUCUUUUCAAGAAAGCCUCUCCCUGAGAGGCUCCCCGGAGAGGGAGGGAAGGGUGGAAGGGCUGAACGGUGAGAAGUGUGGUAGGUGUGAGUUAGCCUGAGGUCCCGCCCAAAGCCCUCCAGGCAGGGUGGAGUCCACAUCCGUUUCUUCACCUCCUAGGGAAGAUCUCGCCUCUCCUUCUGCACUUUGGGUCUGAUGCUCCAGAAGUUUGGAAGGUGUGUGUGAGUGGCCGCCACUUCAAGGGAGGUGGGGGAAGCUGGCUUUUCCCUAGGUGCCUUUGAUCACUCAGGACAAAGGAAGAACAGGAAGGCAGAGGUCCGCCAGAGUAGACUGUGAUGGGUGUUUUCCUUGGAAAAUAUGCUGAUGAACUGGCCCCCGGAACAUGGAUGGCUAAGUCUGGAAGUGGUCCCCUCCGCGUCUUCACACAAAGGGUUGCCAGUCACAAACAGACCCCGAGUUAGCUGGUUCACCCUGCCUACCUGUCCUUUGAUAGAGCAGUCCUGCCAGCUCUUUUCUGAGAACACACAUGGGAGAAACAGAGUCAGGUUGGAAGGCUCCUCCCCAGAAUGGAAGGUAGGAUUUUGGAGAGGGGAGGAGACUCAUAUAAGCACAAGGAAGCAUUCACAGAGAGGGUACAUUAGUCCUCUGUCCUGAGCAAACCAGAAGGGGGAGGAACCCCUACCCUGCGUGCUUGUGAAGGCUCGCCCCUGGGCCCCAGUGCCUUCAACUGCAUCCCAACCCCCCAGUCUCCCACGUGGGGACUCCUGAGCAGGACGGACGAGACCUAAGUGUCCCUUGCCUCUGAAGAAUGUGCUCCGUGAAAAUUGCACCUCCUGGCUUUGGUCCCCACCUUCCCAAGACGAGGAAAACACAUCCAGAUCAAAGUUUUCCUAGCCACUCAGCUCUUCGUUACAGAGGACAUUAUUUUAGCAAGACCCGGGUCCCAGACCUUCCGAUUCUGAUUUAUUUUUCUCGACAGACUAGUCCCAAAGUAUAGAACACAAUCUCUUCUCCGCCUUCUCUCAUGGUGUUCCAGAGAAGUGUCCGUGGUUGUGAUUUGGAACAACUCCUAUUUGUUCAGCUUAUGGUGUUUAUUUUGGUCUCCGUACGUCCUGCGUCCUUGUGUCCGGGAAUCGAGUGCGUGGGAGUCAUUCUGUCCAUGGAGUGCCCUCUUCCUUCUCUCAGUGUUGCCAACAUAUCUUGUAACUGUUUACUGAAGAGUUGUGUCUAUAUAGAGAGAAAAUAUAUAUAAACAGAGAAAUGUG